ACCUUACCAACGUACACAAUUCCUAUAUAAACAAGUAACAAUCCCACAGAUCUCAUCUCAUAGGGACCAGAUGCCUGACAUGGUAGACAGUGACUGAUCUGAUCAUAUCCUUCUAUUCUUUCUUUCCUUCAUCAUUCUUACUUGAUUACGUGAACUACCCGCGUCGUAACUACUUCUUACCUUGUACAUCCUUCCUCUCUACUACCCUCCUCCUUCCUCCCUACCUUAUUUCCCCAACCUACAUACCUAGGUACCUUUCAUUACACACACUCUCUCUACUAAUCCUUCCUUCCAAACUGCGCCAGCCGGAACGACAACCAGAAUGGAUUCGCAGGCGGCAAGUUACCUGGCUCAGAUGCCCACCGAAGUUCUCCUCCGCAUCACCUACUUCCUCCCGACACCCGACCUCAGCUCUGUCCGCCUCACCUGCAAAAUGAUAGAGGAGUCGCUCUUCGUCUUCUUCACACAUGAAUUUUUCCGAAAAAAGCAGUUCAUGCUCUCCGGACCCAGUCUCCAGGCUCUCAUCGGCAUUUCAGCCCAUCAGACCCUGUCCCCGUAUCUGAGGCAUGUCAUCAUUGCCACGGACCACUAUGCCAACCCUUAUGCCGGUUUUGGUCCCUCGGAGAAGUCUGAGCGGCUCCACUAUCGCCUGGGGCUGGCCGACCAGCUCAGCCUCACCAACACCGGCCAUGACCGGGCAAUGCUGGCCCAGGCCUUCCGCAACCUCCCCAACCUCGAGACGGUCGACAUUCGGGAUUUCAACGGCCGACUGCGCACCCGUGACGGUCUGAACGCUGCUUGGACCAGCUAUGGCGCCCCCACAGCCCGUCGUGCUACGCGUGGGCGCAUGACCAUGGUCCACCACGCUCGCAAGGACUACCUCACCCACAUAUUCACCACGGUCCUUACUGCUCUCGCUGACGCGGGCGCCCAUCCGCCGAACCUGGAGGUUGUGGCCCGUGACCUUCAGUGGGGCGUAUACGACGUUGCGUUCUGCAUCCCGCCUUGGUUGAAACCCUCGCUCACCCCUGUCCUCCACAGUCUGAAGAAGCUUCACCUUGUUCUGGACUUCCACAAGCUUGCCAACGGCGAGGCCAGCGAGAUGGGCCCUUUCUUUCUCCAAGACUUUCUGUCUUACACUCCCAACCUCACCUGGCUUCGGCUCAACUUCAACAACUCGCCGUAUCGGUUCGUGAACCGACUGUUGUCGUGGCUGGCCAAGCCCGUCCCAGAUGAAGCGUCGCCGGAGGACACCCUUGAGGACCCCGACUCGGUGUCGCUCCCAGCUCUUGAGAAGCUCGAUCUCGGCGGCCUCCAGAUCAAUGCCGAAACUCUGGUGGGCCUGGUCGCCAAAUUCACGACGUUGAGGGGGUUGAGCCUUGUCAGGACCAUUUUGGUGGAUCUGAGGUUCACGAUCCAGCACAAAGUCAACCUAUGGGCCAUGUUCUUCAAAUGGCUUGCGGAGAAGGGGAAACUGCACGACUUGUAUCUCAGAGAAGCCCAGCAAAUGCGCCCAGGCACAGCCGACCUGUCUUCGGUCUUUCCCGACCCCGUUUUCUUCCGCGAUGGCCCGGGACCUGCCAGGGGCAGAGUCAUGCAGUAUUCCGGGAACUACAUGGCCGAUUUCUUGGAGAAAAAGGCAAAGGAGAUCGAAGUCAUCUGGCCCAGAGUUCAGACGGACGACAGCUCAGAUCAUGACGACGAGGACGGUACGUGAACUACGUGAACUCCACUGCGUCACCGUACCUGAUGGCUCACGACCCGAGAGCUGACCCUGAUUAGACUCCGUGAUGAUCAGCGACGAGGAUGAGUGAUGGCUGGUGUUGAGAUUUGUCGUGGUUGUGACAAGGCUGCUUAAGAGCAUGCCUCGUUGCGUUGCUGAACACGGGGACUGAGGAGGGCCGCUAUUCUGCGAAUACACCGCUACGAUGACGUGAUAUUGCACAGGGAUGCUAUCAUUUGCGCUUUCGAGGUGC